GCAGGGGGCGGAGAGGACAUAAAUAAGUCAGAUGUUAUAGCCCUAAGCACCCCAGCCGCUUUUAACAUCAUUUAAAUGAGUAGCUUUUGUAUAGUGUGAAAGACCCAUAGCCUUAUACAUCUGUCUUUACCGGUCUGUGCUUUGUUAAUAUUGGACUAUAGUUGGAUCUGCUCGUAUGGAUGUUCUCAGAGAAUAAGAAAAUCAAUGUGCUGAACCCUGGUAUCAUUCCCACAUCCCCUCCAGUCUUGGAAUAGGUGGUCGAUACAGCAUGAUCGAGGUGUACAUCCCCUCUGUGGGACAUCAAGUGUUAAAGUCGGAGAAGACUCACACUAUCUUCAAAGUAGACGUUUUGUUCAAUGGACGAAGACACACGCUGGACCGACGUUACAGUGAAUUUCAUGCACUUCAUAAGCGGCUCAAGAAGACCUGUAAAGUCCCAGACUUCCCACCAAAACGAGUACCAAACUGGAUAUCCCGCGUUCAAGAGCAGCGCCGUCAGGGAUUAGAGGCAUAUAUACAGGGAGUGCUGAUUUACAACCAAGAUGUUCCUAAGGAGCUCCUGGAUUUUCUAAAACUCAAACAUUUCCAUCAAAGUAGCAAAAACUGCAGCUUAGAGUCCCUGUCAGAUAUCGCACCCGAUGAUAUCAGCUCCCAGCUAAUGCACCAAGCUGUUGUGGGAUAUUACAAAGAUCUCUACAUAUUUCCACCAGACAUUAAUAUGCUUGAAGACAACGUAUUACAAGGAGUGCUGCAGGGUAUUUAUAAACAAGAGCCUAAAGAAUCAGCCAAGCACAAGGAAAAUGCAAGGACUGUUUUACACCAAGUGCAGUGACGACAAUGAAUAAUAAAGUUUAGACAUUUUGUAGGUGCUACCUCUUUUGUCUGCACCAAGACAACCAUGCACUUUAUACAGGGAUUUUCUUUUUUUUAACUAACCAGGUAGAAGUGACAAGGCAAUUUCCUGUCCAGCAGCUGUGGUCUUGGGUAAAGAGCAUUGCUUUGGCCCUGUCACAUGACUGGAGUCUAUGGGUUUACAUUUGUAAUAAAUACACAGAAGAACAAGAAGGUUAUUCUCAUCUCUUCUACAUGCACAUAAAAGGAUAAGCAAAUAUGUCAACUGGAAUAGAACUUAGUUAUCUUGUGCCUUAAAAACACAUUGCUGUUAACUAAAUGCCAUUAAUAUAUUACCAUUUUUCUAAGUAUUGGUUGUUUUGUUUUUUGGUGUUUUAAUGCACAAAAUAGUUUUGAAUACAUUAUAUUUUGAGGUAACAAGGAUGUGUGUAGGCCACAUUAAAGGGACAUUAAACUUACUUUUAUACAUGCAGAAUAUACAUCAUUUUAAGUGCUGAAUGACAAAAUGCAUGAAUUGAAAGAAAUAAAAGUCCUUUUGUCAGUAACAUUUACAUUUACAUGGUAUUGCUAUCAAUCAUAACUCUUGAUUAUCUUUAUCUUAUCUCCCUUGCUUUGGCCAGUUAGGGACAGAGUCAUGGCUCUGCAUCCUGCAGGGUACACUCCAGUCUUUCUGGGAGCAGUAGAAAACACCCCAAGUAUCUAAAUUGAAUUACAGGAAAAGUGGGCAAAAUUAAAGAAAGCAUAUUGCAAAAUUUUAUUAAACAUUACCUUUGAGUUUAAUGUCACUUUUUGUGGCAUCAUUAAAGGGACAUAAAACAAGUUGGGAUAGAGACAAAAUAUAAUAAUAUGUACUUAAAUUACUUUACCUGCAAAUUUAUACUGCAGUGCCUCGCCAUUAAAGGGACAGUAUACACUAAUUUUCAUAUAACUGCAUGUAAUAGACAAUACUAUAAAGAAUAAGAUGCACAGAUACUGAUAUAAAAAUCCAGUAUAAAAUGGUUUAAAAACUUACUUAUAAGCAAUCAGUUUAGCUCUGUUGAAAAGGCAGUAGGAAAGCCCACUGCAAGUGGAAAAUAAGACACUCCCCCUCCCCCUUCUUUUGCAUAUGAAAAGACCCUUUACACAAACAGGAGCAAGCUGGAGAAGGUAGCUGACGGUAUUCACAUAAAACUUUGGGGCUUGGUUAGCAGUCUGAAAAUCAGAGCAAUGUUAUUUAAAAAUAAGCAAAACUAUACAUUUAUUUAAAAAAAACAAAAAACUUUAUGGGCUAUAUAAAUAGAUCAUCUACAAAACAUUUAUGCAAAGAAAAAAUGAGUGUAUAAUGUCCCUUUAACACUUUCUUUUAAGUGUCCGAAUUGUAUAGCUCUUACUCCUCCCACAUAAUUCCUUUUAUGGCUGCCUAUAUAUCCACCAUUGAUAUGGUAGAAUUUAAGACAUUAACAGUCAUAAUCUGCUAGAGCAUGCAGAGAAGCAAAUAAGCUGCUGUGAACUCAGUUAAAAUGCAAUGCCUGUGUUUCUGAUGUUAAACAUUUAAUAGUUGUACAGCUUCACAGAGUAUACAGAGCUAUCCCAGAAUGCUUAAUAAGAAGCCAGAGCAAUUACUGUGAACAUUUAAAGAUUUUAAAAGUGAUAUAAUUGUUUCUAUAGCGGCUGCACCCUGAUUCAGUUCUUAAAGGGACAGUUUACCAAAACAUUUUCUCCCCUUUAAUUUGUUCUCAAUGUUCCCCUUUUCCUGCUAGAGUGUAAUAAAUAGUUUACAAGUAGCUACUUUAUCCUUAUACUGGAAUGUGAAAUAGUUGAUUUACCUUGUGGUAGUAUCCCUACCUAUAUUGAAUGUAAACACAGCCAGUUGAAGAAAUUACACUCCCAGUGGGGUAUAGAAGAGAUAAGGUAAUACAUUGUUAAAGGGACAGUCUACACCAGAAUUUUUAUUGUUUUAAAAGAUAGAUAAUCCCUUUAUUACCCAUUCCCCAGUUUUGCAUAACCAACACAGUUAUAUAAAUAUACUUUUAACCUCUGUGAUUAUCUUGUAUCUAAGCCUCUGCAAACUGCCCCUUUAUUUCAGUUCUUUUGACAGACUUGCAGUUUAGCCAAUCAGUGCCUGCUCACAGAUAACUUCACGAGCACGAGCACAGUGUUAUCUAUAUGAAAUACGUGAACUAACACCCUCUAGUGGUGAAAAACUGUUAAAAUACAUUCUGAAAAGAGGUGGCCUUCAAGGUCUAAGAAAUUACUAAGAAUACCAAGAGAACAAAGCAAAAUUGGUGAUAAAAGUAAAUUGGAAAAUUGUUUAAAAUUACAUGCUCUAUGUAAAUCAUGAAAGUUUAUUUUGGCCUAGACUGUCCCUUUCAUUUUCCAUUGUUCUCUCCAAGUAUUGGCCUUUGGUUUACAGACAGAUAUAAGAUGAAGCAUGUAUAUGUACACAAAGUGCUAAAGUAAUGAGAUCUGAUUAUACACCAAGAUCAACCCAUUCUAAUAGGUUGUGACUUCAAAACACAAAAUCAGCUAUUUCAUAUACACAAAUAAUCCUGAAAAAAAUCAAUUUCUCAUACAUUUUAUUAUUUGGUAUAAAAAGUCAUUGGAAACACAUUAAGGGAAAAUUAAUUUUACAAUAUACUGACCCUUUAAGAUGCAGAGCAGCAUUUGAGGAUAUCCCUCCUUGGUCACUGGCGUGAAUUAAUGUCUGAAAUACCGCCCUGUAUCUAAAAAGGAUGUUCAGCUUAAUUUCACAUAUGUAUACUAUAAAUCUGCAGUUAAGUACUGUGCUGCAAAAGAGCAGUGUAUGGCUGAUGUUACCAAUAAUAGGUACUAGGCAUGGGCAUCAUUUCAUAUUUGCCAUUCGUUUAAAAAAAAGGCUGCAGCAUUCUGCCAUUUUCUGUGCAAGGUUUAUUUGUGUGAAGGUUUGGAUUUGCCCCCCAUAUCUUGGUGUGUUGCAGUUUCAUGCAAAUAAAUCCAGUGCAGAAAACAGCAGAAUGCCACUGCAUGCAGCCAUAUUCAUUUGUAAAACAAAUAUGAAAUGAUGCCCAUGUCUAAAAUGUACUAUGAGUUUAAUGUCCCUUUAAUUGCUGGAGUUGGAAGAUGUGACACAAUUAAAAGUGCUUGAAAUGGCAGUUUGAGUCUAUUGUUAAAUGUUCUGUUUAUGAUUGUGUAUUUAUAUGGACAACAAUAGGUGAACAGAUUACCUCUGUUAGUUAUUGUUUAGUUGCUAAUGAGCAGGUGAAUGAGUCAACUUGUACACAAAAGAAUUGUCUAAGGCACUGGUUUUCAAACCUGUCCUCAGGCCUCCCCAACAGGUCAGAUUUUCAGGAUUACCUUGGGUGAGAAAUAACCAUAUUUACUAAUCAGCUGAUUAUUUCACCUGUGCUCUAGUUCAGAUAUCUUCAAAAUCUGGCCCGUUAGGGAGGCCUGAGGGCAGGUUUGAAAACCACUGGCCUAAAAUGAUGGCGAGCCAUGGCCUAAAUGCCUAAACGUUUAUUUAAAGUCAGUUUACAUCUCUCAAAGUACCAACACUACACAGUCUCCCUGUAUAUCCCUAUAUUAUCCUAUGCUUGUUAUUUCUGCUUUCCCUAUCAUCUAUUUCUUUCCCCUUCCUUACCCUAUCACUCCUUGCUUGUUUUGUGUUUCUUGCCUGUGUCACCUUCUUGUUUUUCUCUCAUCACCCACUGUCCUCUGUGUCCCUUUUCCUUUUCCUGUCACCUGCUUGUUUUUCUCUCAUCACCCACUGUCCUCUGUGUCCCUUUUCCUUAUUCCUGUCACCUGCUUGUUUUGCUCUCAUCACCAACUGUCCUCUGUGUCCCUUUUCCUUAUUCCUGUCACCUGCUUGUUUUCCUCUCAUCCCCCACUGUCCUGUGUGUUUUCCUUUCGUUAUUCCUGUCACCUGCUUGUUUUCCUCUCAUCACCAACUGUCCUCUAUGUCCCUUUUCCUUAUUCCUGUCACCUGUUUGUUUUCCUCUCAUCUCCCACUGUCCUGUGUGUCCCUUUUCCUUAUUCCUGUCACCUGCUUGUUUUCCUCUCAUCACCAACUGUCCUCUGUGUUCUCUGUGUGAGUCUAUGAAUAAGCGCCCCUAGGGGGCGUGAAACGCGUCAGCCUGUCCUUGUCUCAGUGUCUGUCCUCUGUCUGGGAACCCAGCAUGUUUUAAUUGUCGUAAUAAAGGUAUGUUUUACAAUUUUUCCUAACCUGCAGCGCCUGCUUCCAUUUUUUCUCCUUCUAUAACACACGGCCUGAUCCGCAGUUUUGCUACGGCACUCCAAGUUUGACUAGUAGCAGAGUGUAUUUUUGAUGAGUUGCUCCUUUGCAUGCACGGAUUGAUGGUUUGACCGUGUUCCGGACACCCCUGUCUUAUCCUGUCCUCUGUGUUCCCCUUUCCUUAUUCCUGUCACCUGCUUGUUUUCCUCUCAUCUUCCACUGUCCUCUGUGUCCCUUUUCCUUAUGCCUGUCACCUGCUUGUUUUUCUCUCAUUACCAACUGUCCUCUGUGUUCCCCUUUCAUUAUUCCUGUCACCUGCUUGUUUUCCUCUCAUCCCACACUGUCCUGUGUGUUUUCCUUUCCUUAUUCCUGUCACCUGCUUGUUUUCCUCUCAUCCCCUACUGUCCUGUGUGUUUUCCUUUCCUUAUUCCUGUCACCUGCUUGUUUUCCUCUCAUCCCCCACUGUCCUGUGUGUUUUCCUUUCCUUAUUCCUGUCACCUGCUUGUUUUUCUCUCAUCACUCACUGUCCUCUGUGUCACUUUUCCUUAUUCCUGUCACCUGCUUGUUUUCCUCUCAUCACCCACUGUCCUCUGUGUCACUUUUCCUUAUUCCUGUCACCUGCUUGUUUUCCUCUCAUCACCCACUGUCCUCUGUGUCACUUUUCCUUAUUCCUGUCACCUGCUUGUUUUCCUCUCAUCACCUUGCUAUCCCCUGCUUGCUUGCCUGCCAAUCUUCACCCCACUGCUUGUUUUCUCUUUUAUUUAAUUAUCCCACUGACCCCUACUUGUUUUUGCCCUAAUGAUUUCUGCCUUCUUUCACUUUUUUUUUUACUCCACUGUCUCAGUAGUUUUUCUUUCGCUUCACUGUCUCCUGUUAGUUGACUACUAUGUUUUUUUUUGUGUAAUCGUUACUUGCGUGUUUCCCCAUUAUUGCUUAUCUCCUGUUUUUCUUCAUCAUCAUUCCACUCUGCUCCCCUCAACCUGUCACUCAUAUUCUCAACAAAGACACUUCCCUCAGCUUCUUGUCUGCAUACAGGUUCUCCUACACAAGUUCUGGCGCAAUCACACAUCUAUGAAGAAGUGGUCGUGAAGAAGAUAGGCAGCAUUGUAUGUAAGGCGGCAGAUCAGAUGUGGGGCAAAGGCAAAUUGGACAUCUAGCUAAUGUGACAGGUAUAUAGUGAGGGACACAAGAGGAGCUGUACUGAAUUGUCUGUAAUUGGUGGAUGUGCCAAUGUAAUAUAACACCAGCACAUAACAUACCCACCCAUGGCAUCUGCAACUUAAUCAGUACUACUACACAAGCCUGUAUGUGCCAGUUGAGUCACAUGUGCCAUAGGUUCGCCAUCACUGCUCUAAAAGGAUUGGAUAUAUUACAUUGAUAUUAAAUGAAGAUAUCUUAUGUGGACUAAAAUAUGACAACAUUUGUUGAGUGAAAAAUAAAUGUUUACAACAAA